AAACAAGGCCACCGAAGAGGAUCAGAGGAACCAAGUUGCUUGUCUGGGAGAGUUCCACCCAACAUGGCGCUAGCUGGUCGGACUUCAACAACAGCCAUGGAUUAAGUAGCUGAAAGACAUACUUAUACUGAAGAGUCAGAGUAUCAUACAUACAUGAUUUAAACUUUUUUUUUACGUUUUAAUAGGUGAGUUUCAGAGUUAGUAUCUUCUCUACAAAACCGAUGCAUUAAAAUAUAUAUAUAUAUAUUGAGAUCCGGCUUUUAAAAUUGACUUGCUCAACUUACUGUUACCGUGUUUUGUUACUAAUAAUAGUAGGCCUAACUAUAGUAAGAGAGAGUAAUUUAAUACUAGACAUGUUACUGACUACCGUUAUAAUUUUAUAAGGAUAACUGGCAAAGCCAGGCUUACCUGACUUAAAUUCAGCAGUAUAUAAUAAAUUGACUUUCAAAAAUUACUUUAAUAUGUCUAAGAGUCUAAGUCUAAUAACAAUAUAAUAAAAUGUAUUAUUAUAAUAAUAAUAAUAUUAAUAAUUAAUAAUAAAUCUAAAAGGAUACUAUUACUAUUAGCCUUAGUAGCCUACUAUUCUAUAAAUUUGUUUAUUAUUAAUUAUCAGUAUCAGGAUUUUAAAAAACAACAACAAAAAAACAAUACUUAAACAAAUUGCUCAUUCAUUGAAGUCAUUGCUAAUACUUUAUUAAUCAAUUCACUUUGACAUUAUAAUUCCUAAAUAAUAGAAAAUAAAAAGCUAAAUAAAUGGUUGACAACUGUAUUUUCUUUUUUCUAGGUAGUUGAGAAAGACUACAUGUCAGGGCUGCCACUAACUUUUUUAAAAUUUCCCAAGAUUUGGUGAUCAAAUUUCCCAAGAUUUCCCAAGAUCAUAAAAUAUAUAAGAGUUUUUUUUUAAAAGGGGGGUUUUCUAUUUAAUUAAUGUAAUAAUAGAUUGAAUUAAUGCCCCUAAAAAACAUGAUACAUUAAUUGACUGAAAUUUAUUGAAAAAGACAUUUAAAAAAUGUUUAUCACAUAAAAAAAAAAAACAAUUUGUAAAAAUUAUUUAUAAUCCAAAAUAUCAAUAUCCACUGGAGUUAGGCUACUAAAUAUUACCUCCGAAUUCUCUGGUAAAAAUAUCAUCUACAAUACAUGUGUAAUAGAAGUCAUUUGGAAAAAAAACUUACAAGGCUAAUCAACACAGAAUUCCUUUUACAAAGGCAAAAGGUUCUUCAUCAAAAAAUGAUUUUUAUUAUUGUAAACUUGUUCAUUAGAAGUGGGGUUUGCAAAGCAAUUAAGCAAAAUUUAUUAAUAAUAAUUGUAGUUAAAAUGGAUUGAUAUUAUGAUGAAAACAAUAAGUAUUUUUAUUUUUUCUUGUAAGUUUACAUUGUAACGAUUUUUUCAAACAAAAAAAAAUAAUGAUUUUAAAGGAAUUGUUCAUUUAUAAUCCUACAACGCAGGCCUAUACUAAACUUUUAAUAUCUUAGUUACGUGUGUUUCAAUCCACAAAUAUUUUUUUCUAAUUGAUGAAAAUUAGGCUGGAUUUUUUACAGAUGCAUUAUAUUUUGAACCCAUUGUAGAAGUAUUGAAAUAAUCAAAUUUUACUAUGGCAUGGAUUCUUGAUUGAACACUAUCGUUCACUCUUUGGCUUGUGCUGUUUUUCGUAUGGUUGCUAAUGUCUAUGGUUGAUAAUGAUAAAUCAUUGUAGAAGUAUUGAAAUAAUCAAAUUUUACUAUGGCAUGGAUUCUUGAUUGAACACUAUCGUUCACUCUUUGGCUUGUGCUGUUUUUCGUAUGGUUGCUAAUGUCUAUGGUUGAUAAUGAUAAAGUUUCGAAGCCUAACCCCCCACCCCCAUUUAAUAAACAUUCAAAACCUGGAUGUAAUUUGUAAAUCUUCAAUUUUUAAAAAAAAAUAGAAAAUUGAAUUUUUUUAAAAUUAACUUUUUAAUAAUUAACAAUAUUAACUUUAAAAUCAGAAGAGUUUUUAUUUAUUUUAUGAGUGGAUUUAAAAAUUAAAACCAAAAAAGAAAAAUUAAAACAAUUAAUUUUUUGCCUUGUUACUUUAAAUAUUAUUUUGCUUUAUUUUCACUUUAUUUUUUAUCAGAUAUUUUUGCGUUUUUCGAAAAAUAUAAUAACAAGGUGUGGUAGCCCUGCUACAUGUGGUGUAAUUUAAAUUUGUAUAGUCUAGUAUAGGCCAACUAGUAAAGGUAUAUAACUAUAUAUAUAUAAUAUAUAUUUAUCCUAGCAUAAUCUGUCAAAAAAAAUACAGUGGGUUCUGUGUGGGGAGAAAGGAGGGGGGAGGGGGGGGGAGAGAAAAAAAAGGGUUGGGGGUCAAUAAAAAUUGUUAACAAUAUAAUAUUAGAAUUAGAUAUUAGACUUACCAGUACUCAGUACAUCAUAAUUUAACUGAAACAUUCAAUUCAACUAAGUAGAUAUUAAUGAUAUGGAUAAUUUCCCUUGAUAAAGCUACUCUCUUAAAUUUGUUAGAUUCAUGAGACCCAUUCUAUAAGUAUAAGUUAAAUAUGAGAUAUAUUAGUAUAAUAUAUUAUUACCAGUAAAAAAUUUCAUAGACUGAAUAUUUUAGAUUUUAGCUAAUCAAAACUAUUUAUUCUCUACAAUUAGAAGCAUCUCAUUAAAGAUUGAGGGAAAUUUCCAAAAAUUAUGAUACAUGUAUAUCUAAUUAUUAUUUAAAUUAAACAAAUUUACACAAAGUCAAAGGACUGAACUUUAAUUUAAUAUUUGGUUUAUUUGCUACUAAAUAGUAAAAUAAUUACUUUAAAAUUUAUUUACUUAAAAUUUUAGGUUCUUUUAUGACUUUUUUGUGAAUGUUUAAAAAGUUACAAAUAUCCAUGGCCAUAUUGAAAGGCAUUUUUAGCACCCUUGAGACGAUUGUGUUUUUUUAAUUUAAAAAAUAAUGAAAUAAAUUUUAAAAAAUAAACAAUUUUUAAAUAUAAAAUACACUAAGACUAAACUGAUUCAAACCCCCGCCAUUUAGUAGAAAAUAUUUACUUAACCACCCGUAACAGUUUUUGUACCAGUUUUCGGUGGACAAGUAUUCUUGAGAUCAUCUUGGAAGUUUAAUGAAGAAUCAGAUUACAUUUUUAAAUAAUGAGAAAAAAUUAUAUUAAACUAUGGUCAAAGCAAAGUAUAUAAUUAAGAUAUAAUUAGAAGUUCUCAAAGGUGAUGCUUGUAAGCAAAAGUCUCUCAUUUUAAAAAUAUAUUCCUCCAGCACUUGUCACAUUAUUGUGUCUCUGGUAGAUGUUAGCCAUUUUGGGAGGAGGGUGUUCUGUAAGCACUAGAAAGAAGCAAAAUUACUGCAAGUAUAAUUUGUGUACUCUAAGAUGCCUGGGCCACCUUCUGACUGCUUCUGUCAAGGUCCUCACAGACCUCAAAGUAACUGCUGAGUCUCAACUGCUACCCUAUAGUAUUUGAUACAUUUUUAUAUUUUAAUUAACUACAACUAUUAGGCUUACACCCCCCCCCCCCUCUCCGCCCACUCCAGUUAUCUCCCGCCAUCAAAUGAUUCUUAUAAUAUGCCUGGUCUAUUUGUUUAUUCGUUGAUUUACAAGUGUUAUGUGCCCCAUAUUCAUGCAUGGAUGCAUACUAUUAUCUAAGGAAUUGGUAAAACAGGAUAUUUAUUUCUUAUUUCAUGUAAAUCUGAAGGAAGAGUUACAAGGAGAGACCCUAAAGAAUGGAUCAGGGAAAAUUAUUCAACCUUAUGGGCACACUGCUGUUAGUGUUUGCCACAGUUCUUCACAUCAUAUGUAUCGUAACACCCCAUUACUGCCAGAAAGAUCAGAGGGACCUUACUAGAAUGGUCCCAUCCAAAAUUGAUCAGAAGAUGGAAGAUAAUUCAUCUUUUCGCAGUCAGCUUCAUGAGGACAAUUUUGAACUACCUGAUGUAUUGUCGGGUCUGUUAAUUUCUAAAACUUCUGAACUAGAGUUGAAAUUUGCAUUAAAAAUAAAAGUUAAUUAAAUUAAAGUUGUAGUCAGCAUUUGAAGGAAUCAAAAUAACUUUUAAGACAUCAGUUUAUCUUUGAUAUUUAUAGAAAAUAAGAUUCAAAGUUAUGCCUUUAUAUAAUAAUAUGAAAAAUAUUUUUGCUUAAUUCCAGUUUAUGGCCUUCUGACUGGAGAAGUUAACUUUGGGAUUUGGGAGAUUUGUGCCUACACUCUUUUAACAGACAAUCCUUUGGAGAUUUGCUUAAAAUGGGGAACAGAGGUCUCACUUGAAGAUAUAACAAGCACCACCAAGACACUGGAAACUGAAGGUGAUAAUAGGAUUUAUAUGUUCAUACAUUUCUUGUCUUUUGUGAAUUUCAAAAGCAAUUUUGCUGAAAUGGAUUUUACUUAUCUCACUUUACAAGGUGUAUAGACAUGCUCAAUAGAACUUACCCGUAGCAUCAACAACUUUCAGAACUUACCCAUUGUAUCAAAAACUUUAUUUAUAGAUAUUAUAUUAAUUUCAGCCAUUUAUUCUUUAGCAACAGAGGUCUUGUUAGGAUAUAAUAGCUUAUGUUCCGUUCGUUAGAUAAUUCUUUGAAAACUGUUCAAAUCUGAGACAAGUUAGAUGACUUACUUAAACCACCUUCUUACGUUUAUUUUUUUCAGGAUGGGUCGUAGCAGUACAAACCAUGGCAGUUAUUGGAGUAAUUGCAGCCAUGGCAUCCAUUAUAAUUGCCAUUUUGAAUAUUGUUAUCAAGAGUAAAGGAGAUCGGUUGCGCCUCAUUCACAUUUUUAUUGCAGUUGGCUGUUUCACUGCAGGUAAGGAGAGAAUUAAUUCUUCUAGGAGUUCCAUAAUUCACUAAACCUUAGGUAUUCUUUCUGCUAUCUUAAAAUAAAAUUCCUUCAUUCAUCUUGUGCCUCAAAGAUACAAGAGGGACAAAAUACUUUUUACCGUAUAUGAAUUUUGACUUUUACACAUUUCUAUAGUUGGCUAUUUCAAUAAAAGAAAUGUAUAUGGUUAUGAAAUAAUAACCGUACGGUAUUGCAUAUAAUGCGAUAAAUUUCUGGUAAUAAAAACUACUUAAAACUAGUGGUUCGCAUUAUAGGCAUGUUUAAGUAUUUUUUUCGAUACCAGUAAACAAUAUAUAGACCUAUUAAUGCAACCGAGUAAUCAUUCAGCAACCAAGCGCGCAUUGUAUCUGGGCUUAACACUAGAAGUGUACGUAGUGUCCCUUUGACGGGGUAUUAGCUGGGUAAGCUGAGUCAAUCACAAGCUAGAGGACUCGAGUUCAAUUCCCAGCAAAAGCAAACACAUCACCAGCACAUUGGGUGGAUGGGACUCUAAUAAAUGGCAACUCAUCUAAGAGAAGUCAAACUCUAAAAUCAAGCUCAGAAAUGGAGUCCCGUAGGCAGUAUGACAUACAUUGACACAAUGGAGAUUUUGACAACUUCCGUAGAAUGCAUAAAGAGCACAGUGAAACACACAAGACACACUGCUGGUCAUCUACUGCAUCCUGGUCUAUUUCCAGUUGUCUUGUCAAAGUCUUGCCAUUGGAUCAAAUACGCAAGGAUGAGAGAGUGAGGUUGAUGAAUUGAGAAACUCUUCCGUCACUUUAAACAAAAUGCAGCUUAAUUAAUCAAGUUGAAAAUUGACUUGGUCAUCUUUGCGUGCGAAAGAUGAAAAAUAAUAAUGAAAAAUAGCAUAGCUGUAUCGUUUGACCACAGUUCAUUUUAAAUAUUAUAAUAAUUUAAAGGAUUUUGCCAUUAUAUUUAAAUUAAAUAUUUCUUUUGUUAAUUCAUACUGUAUUAGUAUGGACAAGAUUAACAGAUGACAUUAUACAUGGACUUGGCAUUUUAGUGGGGUUUUUAAAACAAAAGUUGGGGGUUCGAUUUCUACGUGUAUCGCAUUAUGGCUGAUAAUAUUAACAACAAAAACUUACUAAUAAAUUCAAGUUAUUAAAAAGAUACAAUUAUUAUUUAUCACACACAAAAAAAAUUAGCCUUCAAUUUAAAGCAUCUAAAAAUACAAAUAUAGAAUUAUUGGUUCAUUUUUAUUCACUAUCUGCAACUGGCUACCCAAAUUAUUAUAUUUUUUUUUGGUGUAAAUAUAAAAAGUUACAACUAUUUUGAUCAUCAGAUCUGUGACAUAGCACCAUAAAUUUAUUCAAUUUUUAUUAAUGUAGACUUGUUUAUUGAAAUUUUAUUUUCCUUAAUACUCUAAAAAUAAAAUAGUUCCUGCUAUUUAAAACUAAUUAUAUCUUUACCAGGUAUCUUUAUUAUUAUUGGAGACCUAAUUAUGGCUGCCAACUUCAAGACCAUCCUGGACUCAAUAAUAGUGCCCACUGUUAACCUUGACCCUUCUCUUGCAAAGAUCAGCGAAUUUUCCAAGGACCAAUUUCACCUCAGUUGGGGGUUUGCCCUGAAUGUGGUCGCCGCUGCGUUGGCAGUUUUGGCAGGCAUUGCCCAUUUGAUUGGAGGUCGGAUUGCUAAGAUCGAAAAUGGGGUUGUUUGAGCAAAUCAUUUAUUUAUUCAACUUACUGUCAUUGUAUAAGAAAAUAUUUUUUAAAUUAGGGCCUUUGGCUUGAAAUAUUAUAUUGAAAGUUUGUCCUACAAAUGUUUAUAAAGUCCUUGACAGUUUUUUUUGUAUCUCAAAUGAAUUUUAAAGUCAACUCCCUACUUCAAUUGGUCUCUCUUUCCAAUAAUAAUGACAAUGUCUAAUUCUUGAUGAGACUAUGAAUUUUGUUGCAGCAUUGAAGACAGCAUUUGCUCUAGUUCAUAUUCAUAACAUUUCUUUUUUCUCUUCAAACCUCAAGCAAGGUUAUUUCCCACUGAACUUAUCAAAUGGGCCAGCCAGGCCCUACUUAAAACAUGCAAUGUUUAUGUCAAAGAAAGAUAGAGUUAGAUCUGAAGUUGGAGACAUUAUACAAUCAAAUCUUGAGAAAGUCCUCAUUACUAGUGCCAGUGUUUUAUUAUUAUUUUAUUUAUUUUUUUUUUAUUUAGAAAAAAUGAAAAAGAAAAAAUGUGUGUCCAUGCUUAUUUCCCAUGAUUCUUUUUUUCCUGGGUAACUUUUGUAAAAUUUAAUUAUAGCUUAAUAUUCUUUGGUAUGAAUUAACUUUUUUUGUUUGUUCUUAAGUUGUAUGGUCUGCUUGUCUUGGGGAUAUGCUACAAUCCUUUCUGAGACACUAGACACAUUUGUGUCUAUUGCCUCAAGCCUUCAAACCCCCAGUGCAUGAUUCCCUCACAAAGUGGCACUGGAAAUCUGUGAAAUUUCCUCAUCAACACCAGGAACAGAAACAUUGCAAAUCCUACACUAGACACAUUUGUGUCUAUUGCCUCAAGCCUUCAAACCCCCAGUGCAUGAUUCCCUCACAAAGUGGCACUGGAAAUCUGUGAAAUUUCCUCAUCAACACCAGGAACAGAAACAUUGCAAAUCCCAUCUACAUGCAUAGGAGCCAAAAUGAUCAAUAAAUUGAUCGUGGGCCCUUAAGAUAUAGAAGAAGAAGAAGAAGAAGAAGAGAUACAUAUACAAUUUGGCAGUAUUAUUAUCAUUGUGAUGGGUUUGUACUUUGUUAAAUAUCAAUGUAUUUUCUUUAGAAUACUUUAUAAAAUAUAUCUAUAUCAUUGUUUGAAGAGAAUCAUGAUGUAACACUUGUAACACUGCGCCUGUCCUUUGACUGAAUAAUUGUAUUCAUCUCUCUCCUUUUACUUUAGAAGUAUUUAUUACCAGGCAAUAUAAGUGUGGAUGAUUAUAUAUUUUCAACAAAAAAAAAUCACUAUGUUGUUCGCCUUCAGAGAUUUUACUGCUAAAAGAAUUUAUAUACAUAAGCAAUUAUGAAUUUAAUAUCUUCACCUUUGUAUUUGAAUGUUUAUAUUUUGUUUACCAUAUCAUGUAUAAAAUACAUAUUUAAAUUAAAAUCAAAGUUUGAAUGAAAAAAAAAAGGACUUUAUAGGUAGUUUUAAAUAUUUGUUAGUUUUCACUUUAAUUUUUUGUUAAGCAAUAGACUUCUACCUGGUUUUGAUAAAUAAAUAUUUUUAGAUUUAGAUUCUCAUUCAGGUCCUAUGUUAUUCAUACCCAUUAAAUCCAUAUUUGAAUAUUAUUAGAUAUGGUAAUCAAUAGUCAAUUUAAAUGCAUGAGUGAAAAUAGAUGUUUGUUUUAUUAUUACCUUUUUGUAACUUGGACUGAACAUUUGAACAUUACUACUUUAAAAACACAUUGCAGCUUUUUUGUAUGGAAUUUCUAGUUAAGUAAUAUACAAGGUAUUUUUGUAAUAAAUUUAUAUUUCAAAAGUGAUAUUUACCAAAAUUGCAAUUUUUUUGUAUGCUGUCAACUAAAUUUUAUUGUCAUAUAUUUAUAAUGAAUUUCUACAGCAAUUCAAUUUGAAAAAUUUAAUUUGUUUUAUCUCCUCUGAAUUCAUUAUGAUGAGUUUAUUCUACAUCUCAAAUAAUCCUGUUGACAUCAUUUUAAUACAAUUUUAAUGUGAGCUCAGAGUGUAGAAAAAAAACGCAACAGCAGAUUUUCACUGUCAUCAGUUGCAUAACUUUUGUCCUCAUGCAAAAUAAAAUGUACAGUUUUUAUUUGAAAACAAAAUUUUAUUAAAUGAUUUUAAACC